GUUGUUCACUGCCAUGAUGAUAUUGAUGGUUUAACACCUAACACAGAGGCGUAAGUACAAUCUGCACAUGAGGAGGGGUCUUCAGGAAGAUGAAUUGUAAAAACUGCACUGAUUAUGUUUGACUAAGAUCAUAUCUUAUAUGUAUUAACAUUUUGCUUAAUUUUGGAAUCUGAAUGUAUAGUAUAUGUAUAGUUCUUCAUUCUUCAACGCGGAAGGUUAUAAGCAGAGGGCGCUGUGGUAUCCAAGAACUAACAAAGUAGAUAGAAUGCCACGGUUUAAGAUAGGGUUAGCCUAGAAUCAUUAUAUAUAUUGAUUCGGAUGGCUGUGAUUCGUGACUUUGAAAAUUAGGAUUACCUGGACAAAAUAAUACAGAUAUAAGAAGAAACUAUAUUUGGUUUGAAAAGUAAUUAAAACCUUUUAUUAUUUUACCCAAAGUUAUUUAGAAGCAAUAAAUAGACUGUGCCAUGUACAUUUUUCUAGUUCAUAAGAUGCACAAUAUGAAAUUCAGAGCAGUGCUUUAAAUCUGCUGUGAAGUUUGAGGAAAGAACUUUUAACAAAGAAUCUUAAGUCGAGCAGCAGUAAUGUGCGAAACAAUGGCCAGUGUUCCAGUGGAAGAGAAUUCCUACGUACUCACAGAGGACAUGUUUGAUGCUGCAAUGACUGAACAAUUCGCAUACCAGGAUGGCAUUGAAAGUGAAGAAGAUCUUAGUUCUCAAGAAGAAGCUAUGGACAUUCAUGAUGAUCCUGUGGUAGAAAAUACCAGCAAUACAAGUAAAACUAAGGUCCAUCAAAAUAUUUCAUCCAGUAGAGUUGUGAUGAAUCCUGGAACAUCAGAUUACAAUGACUCAGAAAUGAGUGUUUUGGUUAUUGAAACCGGUUUGGACAAGAGCAAAAGAGUGGAUGUUGAAUCUGUUACAACUAACACAACCUCAGAUGUGGCUGUAGAUAAAAAUGUGAAGAAAAUGAGUACGUCAGCAAACAGUGUAGUGGAUUGUGCCGAUAAAAACUUAAACUCUACGUCUGAUGCCACAGUAACUACAGUUCAAAACAAUGAUAAAGUGAUUGACAAGACUUUGCCAAUAUUAAAGAAGAUUUUAUCUGACAAACCAGCUGACAGCAAUACAAAUCUCAUAGAGUCGAUUGAUCUAUGUGACAGUGAGAAUGAUAAGUUUUCAGAUGAUGAUAUGUCAGAAGUUGAACUUACAGAUGAUGAGCUAAAGUCUGUGAUCAAGAAUAAUUUGAUGGCUGAAGUAGGAUUUACUUUAAACAAACAGAAAGAAUCGGAUUCUAAUAUUGAAAAACCUACACAAGUCUGUUCACCAAAAAUAGCAGUGAAAAGCAUUGCACAGAUCUCAACAGAUGCGUUCAACAACUUUUCUAACCACAAUGAAAACAGUCAAAUUAUUAAUAAAGAAUGUGUACCUCCGGUCCAAAAAAUCAACAGUGAAACAAAUAACAAAACAAGUGUCACUGCAAACAACACAGUUUCUGAGAUUUCUAUCAGAGAUAAAGAUCAAGUUCCGACAACAAUACAAAUAAGCAAAAUCGCUGUACCACAUCAUACAUUUGUCAACAGUAAAGGUCAGAAGAUGAAUUGUGUUUAUGUCAGGAAUCAGACAGCACUUCCAGUCGUCAUUAACAGCAAUCAGCCCAAAAACAAAAAUGUGAGAUUUAUGUUGACUUCUCAAGUAAAAAAUGGACCUGUACAGCUUGCAUCAUUAGCAGCUUUGACUAAUGUGACCAAACUGAAUGUGCAAAACAAACCAGUUCUGUCUAAACCCACCAGGGUUCUAUCCAUCGCACCUAAACUUGAGAAGCCUCCAAUUUUACAGAGUAAUCCAUCAAGGGCUAUCCAUCAGUACACUCAAGUACAAUGCUUGGACUCUAUAGUCAAAGGGUUAUUGUUCAAGAAAUUAAAGAAGCCAUAUGUUCCCCUAGAUACAUCGACAGGAGUCACUUACAACUGCCUGGAAUGUUGCGACAAAUUUUCAUUGCAAUCGAGUUUAACUCAUCAUCUGGCUCGACGCAGUGUCAGUAUUCGCUACUGGUGUCGCAUCUGCAAAACUGAGCUUGAAUUUUACAACAGAUGUGUCUUAUUGAAACAUUUACGACGCCAUAAUACUUCAUUAAAACAUAUUGACACCACCUGCAUUACAUUCAACCCUAUUGCAAAAGAGAUGGUCGAUAGUGGGUUAGCUUCUACUUCAUUUGAAGAAUUUACAAAUGACCAACCAAAUAACUCAUAUAUUCUUCAAAGAAACAGUAAAAAUGGGCAACUACAGGAAAUUGUAUCAAACACCCUUGGUGUUGAUAAUUUUCUGAAUGAAAACCAAAUGGUGUCUACUGUCAGUAAUCUGAGUUCUACCAGUAAAAAAGUAACUGCUUUGGCUGGACAGUCGAAAAGUGUCUGUAUACAGACUCCAUCUUCAAUAAUACUUAACAGACCCAUCAGUGCUCUUGCCCCUAUAUCACAAGCAACAAAACCUAUGUUCACAACAUUAGUUCCCAAAACACCAAAACUAUCAGUCAUGCAAAAUCUCAAGAGACCCACUAUGGACCAAUCUCCUUUUUUGAAUAAAUCAGGGCCUAAAAGUGUGAUUUUACUCUGUAAUAAAUUGCCAAAAACAGCACAUCCCAAGCAGUACAGCAACAAGCACAUAAAUUCCAUUUCACCAAAUGUGGGAGAACCAGAAUUUAGAAAGCUUGAAAUUAGUUUAAAUGAUAACAAAAAUAACAGUGUGAUAAACAAUAAUGAAGAAGAAGAAGAAGAUAUUGACAUUGAAAGCGUAACUAUUGAAAAUGAUAUGAGCAAUACUGAAAAUAGUAUUAUUGAAAAAAUCGGAAAUGAGAAAAGCUCAAUAAACAAGACUAAAGAUAAAAAGAUUUUGCCUGGCUCUCAAAAAGUUAAACGUAAUUGCUCCGAAUGUGGUGUAGCAUGUCUGAACAUUAGCAAACAUUUGAAUGGUAACAAUCGCCCACUAAACCCUGAUUUGGCUUGCAAAGUUUGCCAUCUGAUUUUGGCAACAAAAUGUGCCCUGAAGAUACAUCUGCGCAUUCACAUGAAAAUGGAACCGUACAAAUGCCCAGACUGUGGGAAAGAUUUUGAUUCUUGGGAAGAAGUACAUGCACACUUGAAAUUUUCUUGUGGUCACCUGGCAAAAUGUGUACGCUACUUGUGUGUUUCUUGCAAAGCACACUUUCCUUCAGUCGGUGUCUUAGGUCAUCACAUCUCAUCCAUCCAUUCUCGUUGUAUUUUUAAAUGCAAAUUAUGCCCCGUAGCCUUUUUCAACAGUCCAUCUUUGGAUAAACACAUACAAACCAGUCAUCCAGAUGAAAUGGACCUUCGAAUGGAUUACAGGCAGUGUUCGAUGUGCCCAAAAAAGCUUGUUCCUAUGGAUAAGUUUGUCGAACACGUGCAAGAACAUACUAAGAACAAUAAUGUUUUGAUUUAUGGCUAUAAGUGUCCUUUGUGUUCUGUUGUAUUUGCAAAUAAAAUGGCUUUCAUUAUUCAUCAGCUCAAGGAGAAGAAGGAUAAAGAGCAAAAGGAAGGAAAGAAACCACGGUCAGUUAAAUCUAUGCCAACCAAAAAUGUGUCAGAUUCAAAUUCAGAACUUGAAGAUGAACCUGAAAUAAUCAGAAAAUAUCCUGAAAUAAAUUUUAAUGGGUCAGCAGCUGAGAAAGAUCCUCUAAGCCUAGAAGAUUGGGAAUGUUCUCAAGAAUUCACGGUUAAGGAGAAGAGAGAGGAGCUGUGCAUUGUUUGUAAGAAGAAUUCUGUUGUCUUGCUUCCUAAUAUUGAUCUCAAUGAUCAAUCACUUUGCUGCAAACAAUGUGUUAAACCCCUUGACAUUGACUCUGCUGUAAACAGUAAUCAUUUACAAUUAAAUAACAGAAAUGUAACCAAAACAUAUGUCAGUAAUUCACAAAAAAAUCAUAUUUUCAAUCCAAUAAAAAGAAAAAGAAGUGCACAGAAAACAAUCAAAAGAUCUGCCAGCUGUGAUGAAGUGAAAAUGUCCCACAAAAAGGCAAGAACAAGUGUUGAUAACAUAUCAAAAGAUUAUUCACCUGAGAGUGAAAGUUCUAUGGAAUUGUUCUCAGAUACCGCACCAGUUAGGAAGAAAAGCAGGAAGAAAACCAACAAAGAAAAGUUUGGCGCAGCUGGUCAGACUCAUAUACAAGGUCAGGUAAUUACUUCAAAGUCGCCAAAUGAGUUGGUCUGUUCAAAAUGUGAGUUUGUUGCUGACACUAGAGAAACAUUCCUUAAACAUAUUACUACACAUAGAACAGACCCCAAUACGUUUCAGUGUUUUGAAUGUGGUCUUUGUUUUGUGGUUUUGCCUUCUUUGGAAAGGCACCUACAAAUGCAUCAUGGUAUAAAAGACGUUGACAGUUACACCCGUAAGAACAGCUCAAGUCUACCACAGAAGGUUGUGUCUUUGGAAGAGGAUGUAGAUGAUAAUCAGUGUCGAGUUUGCAAUGAAAUUUUUGAUUCUGGAUCUUCAUUAGAAAAACAUUUCAGAACUCAUGGAAUGGCAUUUAUGAACAGUUUGAGCAAGUCACCUUAAGCAGCUUGUGGACUUUCAUUUAAAGCCUAAUUUACGUUUAUUUCAUUUUGCAAUCAGGCCUAUAUUUUAAAAAAAUGUAAGGAUUAAAGUUUAAAAAUAAAAUUUCAUAUUGUAUAUAAUUCUAUAAGUUAAGGCCACUCCAUUUGAAUAGUGUAUUACUACCAUUUACCAAUUUUUCUUUAUUUUGUUGUAAAAAUUAGCAUUAUAAGUUUACUUGUAAAAUAUAUUGUUAUAGUGUUUUAUUUUUAAA